AUGUUGCCUGAUGGGUUUGGUGAUGUCAACAUUGGCAUGCUUGUCAACAACCAGUGGCCUCCUGUUCAUUUGAAAAAUGUUUGGUAUGUUCCGGAAGUUGCAAGUAUUGCAUUGGUAUCUGCCUCUAAGCUCGUUGAUAAUAUGAAUAUACCACAAAUGCAACCCCAAGUUCCCUCCGGUAUACCUCAGGUACCUCAACAGCAACCAGGAACUCCACAACAAGCUCAGCAGAUACAGCAGAUGCCUCAACAAACCCAGGAAAAAUUAGAUAAUAUUUCCAAAGUUAAGUCAUUAAUUGGACCCCUGCGGGAAUCUCUAGCUAUUACCUUGAAAACAGCAGCCCAAACAUUGCAUCAAAAUAGCUUAGUAGAUGUCGGAUCACUGAAAGGUGUCGAUGUUCCAGUACCUAGAUUUGAUAAAAAUAUGGAAGAAUUUUAUUCACUGUGUGACCAAAUUGAAUUACACCUUAAAACUUCCAUUGAGUGCUUGUCACAAGGUGCAAGUAGCCAACGUUAUUUGCCACUUCAAGUGGCAACUACUCGAAUGGAGCCCUUGCCUGGGCAAGAUGGUGUGCAGACUUAUCCACAGUAUUUGAGUACGGUGAGAACACAGCUGGUGUACACAAAAGAAGUUCAGGAUUGCUUGAUGAAUGCUGCUCAGAAUUUGGUGCAUGGUGAAUAAAUGUAUUAUUUACAUGUAACUGAUCUUGAAAAGCUUUGACACAAGGACUUGGAAGAUGUACGGAAACACUGAAUAUUUAUACAAAAAUUAACUUUAAUCAACAUUUAAAAUUAAAAAAGCCUUUACACGUAGCUUUGAUUACAUAAAUAAAUAUCAUGAUGGGAUUCCUGUCAUAACUUUUCCAUAACACCGUGAGACAACUUGCCAAUCAUAACCUAUACAGCAACAAGAAUUGGCCAUUGUAGAAAUUCAUCACAAAGCCUCCCUAAGGACUUUGCAACUUAAAGACUCUAGGGUGACUGCAGAGUUACAGAAUAUAAUUCAACACAAAUUAAGGCUGAGCAAUUGACAAGGCUGCCACAAAAUUUUACAAAAUCAAUAUGAACUUCAGGCAGUCAAGUUAAUGUGCCUCAGUCUGCUGCCUUUCAUUAUAAAAGGAAAUAAAAUGCAUCCGUAAGCUAUAUCCGCCUGUCAUGCAGCCAAGACCAGCACUAGCAUCCUCUUUGAAUCUUCCCAUCCUCCAGUUUGAAAGGCUGCGACUAGUAUCAGGACUCAGUUCUGUCAUUGACUGUCAUUUCAGUCUCUCCAUGGAGUUGGCACUGAACCCUGAAACAAUGUGAAAAUAUAAGUGUAAAGCAGUUUUGAAAGAGAAAAUAUACCUUUUUUAAAAUUGCCAUUAUGUGCUACUUUUGAGUUACUAAAAUUAAUAUUCCUUUCCAAAGUUCCUUUCUUCACGUGUGUGUGUGUGUGGGGGGGGGGC